CGGAGGCUCUAAACGAAGAAGGCUUAUGAAGAAACCUAAACAAUAAACAUCAUCGUUUAUAUCACAUUUUAAUUUUCCCUUUUCCUUUUUUAUUCAUUAGAAGAAAAUUUGUUUUCUCUUUUUCUUCUAUUCUAAUCUGUGUGUAAAUUUUCUGGUCUUUUUAACCCACACCCGUUUUUUCCUCUCCCUCUCUUUUACCCACAAUCUGGUUUACCUGUAAAUUUGACGUUAAUUUUUUUUCCUCUUUCAUUUUUGCUCUUUCUUUUUCUUUCUUCAUCUUCCUCUUUCUCAUCUUCCUUUUUCCCCUUGUGUUAACAUUGUAUUACAUAUUCACAACACACACACACACACACAUCACACGCAACACCAACAAGAAUUUAAAAUGAAGUUGAUUUUAUUUACAUUUUAAUUUUCUUUUCUCUCUAUUUGGAAUAUAUCAUGUUGUUCUUCUUCCUCUUCUUCCUGUCCUUCUCAUAAUGACCGCUUGACCGUUUUAAUUGCUCACCUUUUUUUCUUUUCUCUCUCCCUCACCUUUUAGCUAUUCUGCCUCUUCAUUUUCUCUCUUUUUCUCUCUUACCUCUCUCUCUCUCCUCUUUUUUUUUCUUGUAUCUUUGUGUGUCUUGUGAGAUCUUGAUUAGAGGAGAAGCCAUGAGCCUGGAGACACUUCUUGAAGCUGCCAGGUAUUUGAGUAGAGUUGAACAAGAUACAGUUUUAUCAUCGAGCCUUUCAAGCCAGUCUUCUACUCUCUCCUCGAGUCCAACAAGUACCAGUUCAUCUUCUUAUCGACGACGUGCUCUUUCCACUGGAUCAUCAACCAGCAGUUCGAUUAAAGUUGGUAGAGGCUCUCGUACCUCACGAAAUAGUGAAUCAAGUCAUGAUGCUGAUUCUGCAGCCUCCAAUCGUCAUCGUGAGAUGCAUAAAACUUCAGAGAAAAAUCGUCGAGCCCAGUUGAGAGAUUGUUUUGAACAGUUGAAAAAAGAACUGCCCCAACCUGAAUAUCGAGAUCGUAAAUCAUCUCAUAUAAAUAUAAUUAAUUGUGCUCUAAGGUGUAUACAAAAUUUAAAGAAAAAAGAAGCAGAAAAUGAGAUUGAAAUGGCUCGUCUUUCAAAGGCAAAGCUUCGCCAUCAGAAUACCAUUUCCCAGUUAAGGCAGGAUCUUAAAUUAGGCAAUUUAAUUGAUGAAGAUGUUAUUUUAAAAGAUGCUACUGAUGCUGCUAUUGUUCCAGUUGUUGGUGCUUUUGAGGUAGUUGGUAAUGGGAUCAAUGGAUCAACAUCAUGAACACAAAACACAAACUGUUUGACAAGAAAAUUUAUAAUGUUAUUGAUUGUUCUUUCAUUGAUUCUGUUUCCUUUUUGGAUCACAAUUAAACGAAAAAAUUUUGGCUGGCUUUCUGGGAAAGAUUUUCAAACUUUUGAGAUACCAAAA